GACAAGAUUCACCAGUUAUAGUCCAGCAAACUGGGCUCCACUGAUCUCUCUCCAAUUCAUUCUAUUAAAAUUCAUUCAACUCUUCUCGCAACACGGAACGCCCCAUUAUCUUGCUAUACAAAAUUAUCUUAAUUUUUCUCGGCCAGUCUGUUUUUUUCAUCCCUACCAUCCAAUUCCCUUGUUUUUCUUUUGACGUACUCUGUUUGCGGCAAUAUACUUUACUUUUUGGUUAUUUUCCCCACCGAUAACAGCUGUUUUACGCCGGAGCGCUGACUGUCAGCGCGUGUGUGGAGCUGAACUCUAGUGACGCGGGAAAGCGAAUUCAUAUACACCGAGUUCGUUUAAUCAUAAAUGUCAUUUUAACAGUCAUUGUUUCUUGGGAUAGUCGCGGUGAGAGGGGACGGAGAAGUGGCAAUCAUGUCGCUUCUUGCUCAUUGUUUCGCACGAUUAACACAGCCACAAACAAAACACGAGCUGAGAGGAUAUAAAGUCACUGAUGUUAAUCGCAGUAGAAAAUUUGGUGUUGCCUGUCGGAGUUUCAGAGAAUUGAAACGAAAAGCCUGCGCCAAACUCAACAUCACGGAGGAUCUUAGUGAAAUCAAUUUGUUUUUGUUGGAUGGUUCGUUAGUUGAUGAGGACUAUUUCCAUACUUUGAAGCCACAGACCACUAUGAUACUUCAAAAAUCUGGCGAAAAAGUGCUUUCAGACGCGGAUUUACUGUAUGAAACCCUGAGGCGAGUAAACAUCGAUUAUCUUACGGUGGGUGAUCAGGCUACCAAGUUUCUAACUGAGAAUCUCAAGAGAAAGGUUGCAGUUUUGCACAAUCUAUUGAAUGUAGACGACUCUAAAACCGACUUCAGCAGGAAAGAGGAUCAUCCUGAAUGGUUCAUGGGACUGGAAACCAAUGUCACCACUAAGGAAGCAUAUAUGCAUCGCAGAUGUCAGGAUCGAAUACGUGGUUAUCUCUACAAAACAAUUGAACAAAUAAAGGGAUCGGAGGCCUGGUCAACGAACUGUCAAGCGCGUCUGAAUCUCCAUCGGGUAAUCGAAUACUUCAAGUUGCAAUUGAAGGAGGAUCAUUACUUAGGGUACUACUUCGACAGAAGUCGUAGUAAAGAAGAGCCCAAUAAUGUCGACAAAGUGGACGGAGACGACUAUGACUGUUACAAUCAUUGCCCCUGCAGAUUGGCAUUACAGAAAAAUGAAGAAUACGAUGAUGAUAAAAGCGAUGGGGAUAUUGACCAUGGAGAUGAGAUUGAUGCAAAGAGAUACUCGACUGGUAAAAUGUCGCCAGCCAAGAAAUUAGUUAUUAAUGAGAAGCAAAGCUGUCCUUAUACGGUAUACCCAAGGGGAAGAAGUGAACAGUACGCUUUAUGCGAUUCCAAGGGGGAAUUUAGGUGUGAGGGUGUAUGGAGUGGCAACGGCUGCGGUUAUGGUGAGAGGCAUAGAAUUAAUCCGUAUAGGUCCCGAGAGGAACUCAUUCUAUUUUCUACUUGGAAUUUGGAUCACAAAAUCGAAAGAUCACGGACAUUGGUACCCCAGCUAUUGAAGCACUCUGAAGAGGACACGAUGCCUGAGAAAAUAGUAUUUGGGUUUUAUGAUAACUUAUUCACGGUCAAAAACCUCAGCCUCGUCCACAUAGUAUGCCACGACAAAGGUUCACAUAAGUGAAUGCACUCUCUCCUGUGAUGUGUCCAAAGAAAUAAGAGAGAAAAUACUAAUCAAGCAUAUUAUUCAAGCGUCGAAGACUUCAUCCUCGAUUUAGGCGGAUGUUGUGUUUCUUCCAUGCACAAAUAAAAAAAAGAUGAGUGACGUAGUAACUAUUUAGCAGACGAGGGAUACAUAAUAUUGAAAUUGAAUUAGAAAUUAGUAGAGAAACUAUAGAGAUCUUAAUAAUGAAUUAUUAAUGAUAAUCAGUGCCAAAGAAUUUUUUCUUAAAACAAGUCAAGUAAUGAUAAGGCGAAUGGACUGAAUAUUUUCGCACAAUUCGGGUUCCUAAAACAAUAAUCUGAGAUACAUAAUUGAUAUCAAAUGGGAGGAAAUAAUUGAAUUAUUAUAUUUUAUGAGUUUCUGGUAACUCUUUGAUAAAAUUGAAUUUUUCAUUUAUCCAUUGGAUCAGGAUGCUUUUAUAAUAAUUAGAAAUUAAUGAGCUCGACAGCAAUGAGUUGAAUUGAAAUAUUGAGUUCAACUUGCUAAUUCAAAUGUGAGAAAGGGUAUCAGAUUAAAUUUUCUUUACUGAGGUUGGGUACUUAGUAAAUUGAAAUUACCUCCAUUUCUCAUAUAAUUGUGAUUUCAACCGAAUUCAUUUUUAAAGUGGAGGAUAAAGAUGAUGAAACAGGGUAAUAAACCUGCAAAUCCCCCUAAUUUGUACGUUUCUAAACUAAUUCGCUUGAAUUAUUUGAAUAUUUCGUUGAGAGAUAUCACGGCGAUCAGUCGAGAGUUCAAUUAUCAGAUUUACUAAAGAAUAUCUUCUGAAUGAAAAAGCCCAAAGUAAAGUCAAGUGCCGAAGAUCGAGCAGAAGAUUCUUUCCUAUAAAAAUGUAGAAGAUUAUAUUUUGACAUUGUACCUUAAGGAUAGCCAAGUACUUUGGCUUUUGUUUCGCCAGUUAAUGCCUUUCUACUUUUGUAGUCGAACAUCAGAGCUUUCAUUUGCGGCCCAUUUGAUCCUAAGU